AUGUUUCGUCAGAAUGUCCCCAGACCUGUACGACGACUAGUUGAGCUCUAUCGAGCGGUUUCAGAGGAGCAGAACACGUUGUAUCCCAAGGCGGUCAAGGACUAUUUCGGAGAUGCCGCCAUGCUACGACAGAGAGACGACCGAUGGGACAUUCUUUGCAAGAACAUGAUGCGAGGACGAAACGUGCCUCGGCAUGAAUACGACUUGUUCUGCGAACCCAUCGACUUUGGGCCCAAUGAGCUUCUAGCUACGAAGCAUUUGUUUAUUGACCGCAAGGGGUUGAGCAACAUGAACGAUGUGCUACCGCAGCUUCCAGGGAGGGAGCAAGUUGAGAGCAUCUACGUGAGAGACCUCGUGUCGACGAUAAAUUCGUCGUUCAAGAAGUUAUUGAUGCUCCCCGCGGGCAAGAAAGAACAGAAUACGGUAAAGACGUAUAUCAACAUGUUUUAUGGGACGGCGCCCGUUAUGAUUUUCUUGCGACAGCGCAACUUGUUGUUUUCUAGACAAAGCAUCGACCAUUGGAAUCAGCCUGUUUUCGAUAUUCAACGCCGAGUAGGCGAGAUUAACCAGGCAUUUACCAAAAAGCAAAAGCAGCAGCAACGAGAGCAAGGUGAAUGCAAGAAAGUAGUCCAGUACAAGCCGGUUGGGUUUAGUAAAAUCACCCGGCCCGAUCUCCUUGUUCUAAGUCUUGCCAUUCAGCGAUAUUACAAAUACAAGCCCCGGAGCUGGGCUCAGCUUUUCAACGACUUUAAACUUGCAGCCGACGACCAAGAAGACGAGUUGGCUGCUUACCUCCGCAAUUUGCUCCCAGUGCGAAUAUCAUCAUCUGGGGAGUGCAACGAAGAUGAGCUUGAUUCCUUAGUUGAAGAGGCUUUGGACGAGGUAGGUAUGACCGCGGAUCCGUAUGAUGCAAUCGCCGACUUUCCAUACAAUCUCGAGUACUGCAACCUUUACAUGUUCAACAUCACCAACAUGGAUGCAGAUCUCGACACCGUUGUAAAGUGCUUGCAAAAGUCAAAGUUGGAGAUUAUCGGCGCCAGAUUCUGUUUACUGAACCCGCAAGUGCGAUCUUCGUUGCUGAAACUAGCCCAGCAUCAUGGCGGCCACGGUGAGUUGACCUAUGAGAAUAUUCUACAGUUGGCCAAGAGCAGAAGUCAAGAAGGAGACGAAGGUGACGGUGAUGGCAACGGCAAAUUGGGUCUUCUUUUGAAACACCUUGCUUCUGCCAACAUGACUUUCCCUUUAGUCAACGAACAGGGCAACGGGCUAUAUCUAAUGGACCCCAGCAACUUGUAA